AUGGGGUUUCUCGUGCCUCCGUGGUACAGUAGCGAGAUUCCGGACCGGUCCGGCUUGAAUGACGCCAGUCUUGUCCUGGGCGCUACCAUCCCUCUUGCCGUCUUCACUUUCGUAAAGAUUGCCAUGAAGACACAGACGAUAUUCGAGCGCCGCAGAACCUUUACGCCGUUCGUCAUCAUGUGCUGGGCCGAGUGGGUGGCAUCGGUAGCCCUGGCGACUUUGAGCUACCUCUACCUGAGCGACAUCAUUCCAGCCAGCUUUUGGACAUUCUUCUUCAUGAUGGCAUUCUGGGUGGUCGAGAUGCAGUGCAUCCUCCAGAUCAUCAUCAACCGCGUCGCCCUCAUCUCGCACAACCCGACCGAGGUCCGGCGGAUCCGACUUGGCGUCUUCGCCAUCGCCAUCGCCAUGAAUCUCGCCGGCUACCUCAUCUGGAUCCCCGCGCAGCUCCAGAUCAACCCGUACUGGGUGUACAUCAACUCCCGGUGGGAACGGUCGGAGAAGGUGCUCUACGCGCUCGUCGACAUGGCGCUCAACGCCUACUUCAUGUACAACGUCCGCACCAAGCUCAUACAGAUGGGCCUCAUCAAGUACAAGAAACUGUUGCGCGCCAACAUUGCCAUGGCGUGCGUGUCUGUCGGGAUGGACAUCCUCGUUCUCGGAGCCAUGUCCCUCCCAAGUACCAUAUUAUACGCGCAGUUCCAUCCGUUCCAGUUCCUCGUCAAGCUCUUCAUCGAGCUCUUCAUGGCCGACCUGAUUGCCAAGAUUGUGCGCGAGGAAAACCGGAUGAACACGAUCUACACGGACACGGGCGGCACCACGGUCGAGGAGAUGGCCGUCAUCAUGGCCGAGCAGGGGCCCGGGGCGACCGACUCGUUCGCGCGGGCGCUCGAGCAGUUUGGCGCGACGCAGAGCGGGCACCACAUGCACCGCAAGACGACGGUGGAUACUGCUGCCAACGCGUGGCGGCGCGUUGGAGGAGGAGGAGGAGGAGGAGUGAGCCUCUGGUCUAUUGUCAAUGACAUGCCCCUUGUUGGUCCGAUCCGCGUCACUGGUCCUGUCGGCGAUCGAGCUGCCAUCGUGUGCUCUUUGAGCGGCAAAAUUAUCCGCUUGUGCCGCGCAGUGAGCGAGCGAGGCGUUAGCCGUAUCUGGGGCCGGCAGCUAAGGACUACGAUGAAGGAUAAAGGGUGGCUCAGUCGUGGCGGCUUAGUGGUUGCGCGGGUGGGUUCCCGACGUAAUGCCAGCAACCCAGCCAUUCAGAGAACAACAAGUUAUGGUGCCAGACCAACCCUCGGCCGCUCCCGAAUCAUCUGCAAUCCUCAAUCCCAACCUUCUUCAAUUGAACAUCGAAGCUUCAUCUCUGCUCCGCCACAAGCGUUCUACCACCAGCAUCGUCAAUCCCUCCGUUUGGUCAAACUGCUCGGUCCCUUAUCGGCUGGCACCCGACCUUCCAACUCGGUCCAAACGAGCCCUCGCAUCAACCAACAAACACCCUCCGGCUUGUCUUGCCACUGUGGUGGCGGUUUGCCUACGCUCAUGGCGGAUGUCGAAGAGCUGCGACGGUUGCUAGGAGAAGAGAAACGCCGACGUGAAGAGGCCGAGAGCCGUGCACUAGACGAGCAACGCCGACGCGAAGACGAGCAACGCCGACGCGAAGACGAGCAACGCCGACGCGAAGUGGCCGAAGAACUUGCGAAAGCAUCACAACCGCAAGCCCUCCAGCAAUAUCUCGAGGCCUGCCACUCGCUCGACCUUGCAAUCCAGGUCGUAACCGACCGCUCUUUGACUACACAAGGCGACACCACGAACCCGACCGGCCGAAUUUUCCCUCGAAGAAUCAUCCCCUGGGACGACUUUUCGACGAAACAGGAGGAGGUCUGGGACGACCUCUCGAUUGGCAAUCUUUUCUCCUCCGUGCCCGCCUUCCCAUCUCAACAUCAGCUAGAAUACGUCAGGUCGUUGCUCAAGCCAAUUAGCAGUGAGCAGGGGCUCAGGGACUUUGAGCGUGAUGUUGUUGAAAACGCGGUUCAGAAGCUGGUUGAUGGGAUAUCCAUGGAUACAGUACUACGACGUACUCUCGGCCUUCAAGGAACGGUGACUUUCGAGAGCCAUACAAAUCUCGGUACGACCGAUAACGACCCCAUCUCCGAGCCCAUGGAGCGUAUGUCUCUUGACAGGGUCGGUGCCAGUGCUGCGGGUGCCAUGGCGACGGCGCCAGCGUCUUCCGCACAGCCACCGGCAGCGGCUCCCAAAGCCCGUCGCAAGGCGAGAGGCAAGGGCAACCGGGCGGACCAGUUCUGCAUAUACAGGACUUCAGAGGGGCAGAAUGUCCCGGCGCUGGCCAUUGAAUACAAGGCGCCUCACAAGCUCAGUGUGGAUGAGCUCGUCAUAGGUCUUGAGUCGGAGAUUCAGCCGGAACGGGAUGUCAUCAACAAGGACGGUCAAGGCCUCGCCUUCAUGGCUAAGUCACUCGCUGCCGCUGUCGUCACGCAACUUUUCUCUUACAUGAUCGGCAAGGGCAUCCAAUACGGCUACGUCUGCACGGGAGAAGCCUUCGUCUUCCUCCACAUCCCGGACGAUCCUGCCAACGUCUACUUCUCCGUAUGCGUGCCGAGCCUGGACGUCAUGGAAGACGACGAGACAAGACUCCAUCGCACGGCCGCCGCGCAGGUCUUCGCCUUCAUUCUCCAGGCCCUCCGUACGAGGCCACCGCCGGAGUCGUGGCAUGACGAGGCCGAGAGGCUCGAUACCUGGGCUGUCGAGUACGACGACAUCCUAAGAAGUUUCCCCACGACGGAACGUAAACAUAAGGAACCCCGCGCUUCUCCUUACAAGCCCCAACGUUGGAAAGGCUUCAAGCGCUCGCCGAUUCGGACUCGCUCUCGCUGCCAGCAACCGGACACCCAUGCCGGCCCCCGGGAAGACGACGACGAGGAUCCGCCUUCCCCUACUCCUCGCGCUGGCGGCAAGACAACUUCGUCGACGGGGAUGGGCUCGCGCGGUGGCGGGAGACGAGACCGGUGCCGAGGCCAGCAUCACGAGCCAGGCCCAAUGACGGAGCCAAGCAUACAUAAGCGGCCAUUCUGCACGCAGCGAUGUCUCCUGGGAUUGGCACGCGGCUGGCCCCUGGAUGAGAACUGCCCGAACUCGCACCAUCAUGGGCAGCAGGGGCGCAUCGACCAGCUCGAGUUCCUUCGUCUCGUCCGAGAUCAACUCGCCACAGAUCGCGGCCGUGACGCGGAUUGCACGCCACUCCAUCGAUCUGGGGCACGCGGUUCGCUCUUUAAGGUGCGGCUGUCGACACACGGCUAUACGCUUGUAGCCAAGGGCGUCGAAAGUGCCUAUCACGCUUAUCUGCAGCACGAGAACGACAUGUAUGACCGACUUCAUGCCAUCCAGGGGAAACACGUACCCGUCUGUCUCGGCAGCAUAAACCUGCUUCGGCCACACCAUUACGACGGCGGCGUCUACGAGCACUUCCUGUUUCUCGGCUGGGCUGGACGGCCCUUGUUCGACUACUACGACAAGGCCAGUCGGGCGCAGCUCGUCCAAGGAGUCACGACGAUAUUCAAGGCAAUCCACAGGCUACGCGUUCUCCACCGCGAUGCGGAGCCGCGCAACAUGCUGUGCGACGGUGGGACUCUCAUGGUGGUGGAUUUCGAGCGAGCUGAGUUCUGCGGUCGUCAGCCUCUCGGCUCCAUCGACGCGAAUGGCCGGAAUCGGAAGAGGAAGCGCGGGAUAUCGCUGAAACAGGGCAAGGACGACUUUGCGAGAGAGCUGGAGUCUGCCGUAGAGAAGGCUUCGAGGUGUAUUGCGAGCCCACCCCGUCGCGGUCGCUAA